AUGGACGCAACAAUUGAGUGGCUAGGUUGGACCACGUUCCGCAUCAAGGUCAACGGUCUUGUCAUUUUCUUAGAUACGUGGUUGGACCGCCCAGAUGGGAUGCCCAAAGUUUUGGCUGUCGACGAUGUGACUGAGGCGGAUUACAUCUUCAUCUCCCAUGCCCAUUUCGACCAGUGUCUUUCACGCAGUCUCCCCGGAGCCGACAAGAUAGCAAUCAAGACGGGGGCACACGUUAUCGCCAACGGUGAAGCCAUCAACGCCCUCCGGUCAGCUGGAGUACCCGAGGACCAGUUGAUACCAGUGGCUGGUGGUGAGCGCAUCCCUCUUUUCACUCUCGAGUCUCGUCAAGCCGCAACUCGUGGUGAAGUUGCCGUCACCCCUGGGCCACCAGGGGCCCCUGCACGUCCAGACCCUAGCUUGGCAGUGGCUUCCGUCCAAGUCUGGCCUUCUCUACAUGCCAUGUUGCCAGGCAGCUCUCCUGCCGACUUACCGGAAGUGAUGGAUACAGGAAAGGAGUAUAUCGGAGGAGCAAGUCAGUACGCUUGUACUCUUGAUAUCACGUUUAUGCUGCGACACGGUCUCCUCAAGCUCAGCGACCACAUGCCUCGUGAAGCUAUGGAUGCAGGUAUGCGCUCUUUUGUCGACUGGAUUGAUGGGCCUGCAAGCAAAUGUUCAUCUCCUUUCGACGGGGGGCAGUUGAUGUUCAACUUCCUUUUCGGAGAGGGUAAAACCGUCCUUUGGAACGGGCAUCUGGGUAUCAAUCGCUGGACGGGGAAACUUGAACGGGAGACCGUUCGAUGGGUCGGCGGCGCAGUUCGCGGUGAGAUUGUCGAAGCUUUUGGGAGAGCCGAAGAAGGUGAUCUGGUGUAUGCACGAGGAUCAGCCGAUCUCACCAAAGCGGUUAGAAUUAGCACCUGCUACGGAAGCGAUGGAGAAAGAGACUAG